CUACAGUCGACAGCGCUCCCGCAGCUCAGCGCUUUGCGCUACCGUCCUUGACAAGCACAACUAGGUAACGUUACAUAUUAUACAUAAACAGUACUUGUCCAUUCCAGAAAGUUUGACUCAACUGCUUUGACGCGUAGGUUGGAACUCUUCGUGUACAUACAACAUGGAUACCAAACCAAAGCUCAACCUUUCGGCUUUAAAUGGAACGUCAGUACCUUCUCGACCUCCCUCGCCGCGAAUGGCUCCGCCCGUGUCAGCUCGUGCCCCCGUUAGGGAACAACAACGCGGCCUGUCACCGCGCCCGGGCACGCACAGCGUGGUCGCAACCGCAGCAAAGAAAUUCGUGAACGCACCCUUGCCAGCUUCGCUGCGACCUGCUGCUGCCCUGCAAGAAUCAAGUGCACUUGCAAGCGACAUUUCGGAGGAUUCGACAUCAUGGACCGGCGAAGCAGCGCUCCGGACGCUAAUCCAAACCAAGCACCUGACUCGAACAGCGCUAGCAGACUUCCUACGAGACCCGCUAGCUUGGCUUGUGCGCUUCACCCGUCAACUCCAGGCAAUACUGCUGCAGCUGCUGCAGCCCAAGGGCAACUCCUGCGCCACCUCAGCAGCAGCGGCUGCAAAGGAGGCCGCUGCUGCCGCCACCACCACCACCACCACAACGCUUCCCGCCGCCCCGCUCACAAACCGCACCACACCGCUAUCAGCGCGGGGCCGCACCGUCGCCUCACCCAUCAGCCAGCGCGGCUCCUCGGGCCGCUACGUCGCCCCAGCCAGCCCCCGGCAGCAGCGGGCAGCCAAGGCCGCCUCGCCUGCGCCCACCAUCCUCCUAGCCGCCCAGCAGACAAUCGCCAACGUUGCCCAGCGCCCGGUGGUGCCUGUAGCGGCGUUCGCCCUCUCCGCAGCGGCGGCAGUGGUGCUGAGCGGCUGCUGGCUGCUGCGGCGGUGGAGGGCGGCGGCGGAGGCGCAGCGGGAGAUGCAGCAGCGUGCAGCCGCCAAGAGGGACGUGCUGGCCCGGCAGAAGCAGCGCUUCCAGAGGGCCCUGGUGGUGGACAGUGUCAACCUGGAGCUGCCGCCGAUCAAGGUGGGGAAAGACCAGAGGACAGCGUUGGGAGACAAGGACGUGCAGCCGGGUCCCGUGCGGGUUGGGCAAAUCCUGCAGCACAAGCAGCCCUCACAACAACAGCAGCAGCAGGGAGGGCGCAUGGGGUCAGCGGGCGGCGAGCAGCAAUCCAAGCAACAGCGGGGCGGCAGCAACGGCAGCGGUGCCGGUCAGGUGCCGGGUCUGGCGGGAGAGAGCCUCCGACAGUGGCAGCAGUUCAUGAUGGCUUCUCGCGCGGAGGAGGUCACCAACGUGUCCGGCAAGAAUGCCCGCGGCGGCCGCAGCAGCGCGCAGCAGGACAGCGCCGCCAGCCGCCCCUUCAAGACCAUGGACGACCGCACCCUCUCCGACCUGUCGGAGCGCAUCCGGCGGGCCAACGAGAGCGGCGCCGCGGGGGUGGCGCCGGUCAUUACCUUUGAGCAGCUCUACGCCAACAACAAGGAGACGGACGACGAGGCUAUGGCACGCAGGGCGGCGGAGCGCAAGGCCCGGUGGCAAAAACAGCAGCCCGGAGUCAAUGGGCACGCCGCCGCACCCCAACCGAAGCCGCAACCGCAACCGCCCGCAGAGCGGAAAGCCCCAACCGCUGCGCCCCCCGCCAGCCGCAACCGCGCCAUCAAGACAACCAUCCCACCCGACAACCCCUUCGCGGUCGGCCUCUUCGACAACACGCCUCCUGUUGCUGCUGCUGCUGCUGCGGGGUCAGGCCCCUCAGCAGCCGGCACCCGAGAUCCCUCAAGCCGCCCCAGCAGCAGCGGCAGCAGCAGCAGCACCACCAACGUCUCCCAUCCGGGCAUCAGCACGCACAGCCAAGACCGCUCCCCGAUGCAGAAGGCACCCCUGCGUGCGGACGCCGGGAGCAGUAGCAGCACCACCAGCAGCGGUGCCAGCAUCACUCUUAGCGCCACGGGAACGUGGUCUACGGCGCGCAGGGCCCUCCCCGAGUUCUCCAGCGCCUCGUCCGCACCUGCCGGCAGCCCGGCGCGCAGGUCAGUAGCAGCAGCAGCAUCAACCCUCCUGGAGACUACCAGCAGCACGGGCAGUACCAGCAGCAGCAUCAACUGCACCGCGCUCAGCCGCAAACCAGCC